CUUCAUUCAUUCAUGUAAGUAGCUUCAGCAAACGGCGUUUAAAUCACAGAUUUGAUUGGAUUUUCGACCUAUAAUCGGCUAAUGUCAGUAAUACAAUGAGCGGAGAAGACGACUCUAAACUGGAGGUGUCCGAAGAGCAGACCAAGGAGGCGGAAGUGUGCAAGGAAACGGCUAACAAGUAUUUCAAAGAACAAAAUUUUGACGAGGCCGUGAUAUGGUACUCAAAAGCCAUCGAACUGAAUCCAAAUGUGGCCGUGUACUACGCCAACAGAAGUUUUGCGAACCUGAGGCAAGAGGCAUUUGGCUACGCCUUGUCAGACGCCUCUAAGGCCAUCCUGCUGGACAAGUCGUAUGUUAAAGGCUACUACCGACGGGCUGCCGCCCACAUGAGCCUUGGCAAGUUUAAGUUGGCCCUGAGGGAUUUUGAGACUGUCACCAAGGCUAGACCAAAUGACUCGGAUGCCAAAAAGAAGUUCCUGGAAUGUACCAAGAUUGUGAGGAAACUUGCAUUCGAAAAGGCAAUUGCCGUGGACAAGAAAAACGUGGCAGACACUAUCGACCUCGCAGGAAUGGCCAUCGAAGACGAUUACUUUGGGCCAAAGUUAGUUGAUGAGAAAGUCACCUUAGAUUUUAUGAAGAAGUUGAUGGAUUGCUACAAGAACCAAGGAAAACUUCACAGGAAAUAUGCCUACAAAAUCUUGCUAGACGUGGAACAGCUUUUUAUGAAACAGCCAUCAAUGGUCGAGGUACACAUUCCGGAUGACAAGAAAUUCACAAUUUGCGGGGACAUACAUGGACAGUUUUACGACUUGAUGAACAUUUUCACCUUGAAUGGUCUGCCAUCCCCAGACAACCCAUACCUCUUCAAUGGAGACUUCGUAGACAGAGGCUCAUUCUCAGUAGAGUGCAUUUUCACGUUGUUCGGCUUCAAACUGCUCUAUCCCGACCACUUUUUCAUGUCUAGAGGUAAUCACGAAAGUGUCACAAUGAAUCAGAUGUAUGGCUUUGAAGGCGAGGUUAAGUCGAAGUAUACAGAGCAGAUGGCCCACCUAUUCACCGAGGUGUACAAUUGGCUUCCGCUCUGCCACUGUCUCAAUAAGAGAGUCCUUGUCAUGCACGGCGGCCUCUUCUCACGGGACGGAGUCAAACUCGAUGAGUUGAGGGUAAUCGAGAGGAACAAACAGCCUCCUGAGGACGGGCUUAUGUGCGAGCUACUCUGGUCAGACCCUCAGCCGCAGGAUGGACGGGCUCCCUCCAAGAGAGGCGUGGGCGUCCAGUUCGGACCUGACGUCACUCACAGAUUUCUUAAAGACAAUGGGUUGGAUUAUGUUGUAAGAAGUCACGAAGUUAAAGCAGAUGGCUAUGAAGUCGCGCAUGACGGCAAAUGCAUCACUGUUUUCUCAGCGCCAAACUAUUGUGAUACCAUGGGUAACAAAGGAGCCUUCAUCAUUCUCAACGGAAAGGACAUGAAGCCGAAUUUCACUACCUAUGAAGCAGUCCCCCACCCGAACGUGAAGCCGAUGGCGUAUGCCAACUCCAUCAUGAGUCUGCUGUGCUAGGACACCGCCGCGGCCUGCUGGGCGCCUGACUGCUCGGCCCAAGGGUGACGCUGGUCACAUCUCGGACGAUCAUCUCGGCGACACGCCAUGCCAGCUCCUCCUUGUCGUGAGGCCGCACAAGACGGCGCAUCACCCUGCUGAGGCGGGACUCGCGGCGUGCCUCAGGCUCCGGCUCAAAGUCGGCCUCGAAACGGCCCAGCUCGUCAAUGCGUCCCAGCGAUAGGCCGCUGCUGAAACAGUAUGCUCAUAUUGGUGCAUUUGCACAUAAUGGAAGCGAUAAUGUGACCGCAUCGCUGAUUUACUCAUUUAUUUGAUCACUGCAGGCAAUAACCACUCACUGUUCGUAGUGUCAUGCCAGACAGUCAAUAAAUUUGCUAUUGAAUUAUAAA